UGACGCAUUUUCACACCAUGGCGUCGUCAAGGGCAGUUACAAGAUUGGUCGCCUAUCGACGCCGGGCCGCUCUGCCAUACUCACUCCCUUCCUCGUCAUCUGUCCACCGCUCCGCCAGCACGCCUGCCCUCACUUUUUCGACAUCAGCCGUUCAGAAUGCAACACCACACGGCCCGCCACAGCCUGGCUUCCGCAUGCCUACGCCAAAGAGAUGGGAUCAAGACGAAGAUUCGACUUUAGACAAGGCCGGAAAAUACUUCUUGAUGACAGAGUUAUUUCGCGGCAUGUACGUGGUGCUAGAGCAAUUCUUUAGGCCACCGUAUACAAUCUACUACCCGUUCGAGAAAGGCCCCAUCUCUCCACGAUUCCGCGGCGAACACGCCCUACGCAGAUAUCCAUCCGGCGAAGAGAGGUGUAUCGCCUGUAAACUCUGCGAGGCCAUCUGCCCUGCACAAGCCAUCACCAUUGAAGCCGAAGAGCGUGAGGACGGAAGCCGACGGACGACACGGUAUGACAUUGAUAUGACCAAGUGCAUCUACUGUGGAUUCUGCCAGGAGAGCUGCCCCGUAGAUGCCAUCGUCGAAUCUCCUAACGCCGAAUACGCGACAGAAACCAGGGAAGAACUAUUGUACAAUAAGGAAAAAUUACUGGCCAACGGUGAUAAGUGGGAGUCAGAAAUAGCUGCAGCUGCUCGUGCGGAUGCCCCUUACAGAUAA